AUGGUUCCAGCCAAGUCCCCCGCCUGCACAAGAUGCCAACAACAGCAGCAAAGGCCUUAUCGUGUUGGUGAAGGAUUCCCGUUGCCACCGGCUUCAUUUGAGUCCUGCUUGCAGGAUGAUCCACAGGCUCUUCAAAACAGCGGUGUGCCUCUGCGAAAAAGGCUCGCCUUCGCCUAUGGGCCAAUCGAGGACCCGAUCCAGCAUCUGAAGUUCAAGGAAAUGAAGACGCAGAGUUCGCAGCCGAACUUUGUACGGUUCUGGCGGACAACGGAUCGAAGACUCUUCGCAUUGGAGAGUAGCGCGCCGUCGGGCCGCUAUCCCAAGAUAUGGGACCUGCCUUGUAUGCAGAGGCUCCGCCGCCGCACCGGCGCAAAAAUUGUCUCUAUGGCUAUGUGCGCUUGGGGUCUGGGACCGCCUGAGACUGAGGAGGGCCUGUUUCAUCGCAAGCAUUCUUGGUGGCUGGUCUCCCCAGAACUCUACCCAUGGGCCUUGUUAUUCCUUGGUAGGCAGUGCCCAGGAGUCGGCCCGACUCACCAGCACGCACCCUUGAAGGGACCCAGUCCAAUUCCUCAAGUACCUCUCACUCGACUGGCACAGCAAUACGCACCAGCUUUGUGUGCAGCCUGGGGUCUGGUAGUCCGAGCAGCCUUUGAAGAAUGGAGCUGGACAACAUAUCUGCAAGAGCACAGCGUGCUCAAAGCCCUAGAGAAAUGUUGGACCGAACUGGGCGCACCCCCUUGGCCGGCUGAUCCAGCCAAUACUUUGGAGCGAACACUUGGCCAACAUUUGGCACCGGUGGUUGCUGGCCAAGCGGAUGGACCAGGCCUCCCACAUGGCUAUGUUCAGGAUGGGUCUGUUUCCGAUCCCGAAAAGCAAGCUGAGGGGCAGGGCACAAGGGCAGGCAGCGUCGACGACGCCAAUGGCCAAAGCACUGCUGAGAAAUACUUGGAGGUAUGCCAGAGUGCUUACAGCAAGGAGGCAGUGAGAAAAGCAACAGAGGCAGGAAAUGCGUUGUUGAGGGCCGCCGGCUCGGUGCCAAGAGCAGCUGAAUUAGUCAACAAAGCGAGGCUGAGGAAGUAUGGGGAACACUUCCAGAAGGCAAAGGAAGGAGCAUUGAAAGGGCUCAGCCCCCUACGCGAGCAAUACUUGAAAGACUGUGUGCCCAAGGGCGUGCCCAGUCGAGCUAAGAGUACCCCCAAGAGAGAGAAGGCCCGAAACCACGGCUCCGUCACGGGGCACGAGGAAGAGAUGCUGCAGAAGGCAUGGAAAGACGCAUCUUAUGGGGCGGUACUUCUGUGUUCCACAGAGACCGAAGACCAAGAAGAAAAUCGGCAAAUCGACCAGAUACUGACCGAGAGCAAGGUGGCCGAGAGCCCUCUCGGCCGAGUGCCCAAGCAAAACCCCGACAGAACCAUCUCAGCGGAAGGUCGUCCCAUCAACGAUAUGCGAGCUAGGAAUGCUUCGGGCUCCAAAUACGACCACCCACCCGCCGCUCAGCCUAGGCACAGAGCAGUGGUCAGGCAAAGCCUUUGGUGGAGGGUGCGACACCCGAAAGUUCCACAGAGGUGUGCGAAACGCGAUGUGCCAAGGGCUUUCAAGUGGCACUUCCUCAAGCCGGGCGAUGUCCCUGAGUUCUGCACGAGGAUUCUAGGUGUGCUGAUCCUGAGUCUGGUGAUGGUGUUCGGUUGGGUAGGAGCGCCAGGGGAGUUCGUGAUAUGGGCCACCGCAGCCCAAAAGCACCACGGGUCGUUCCGACCAUGCCACCUUCAAUUCAACGAUGUGGUGCCCUACACCAGCCGAUGGCUGAUGGAUGACGGCGUGGUGGUAGAGGGGAAUAGGAUCCAGAGAUCCCUGUCAGCAAUGGAUGCAGUCUGGGGCCCUGGAGCCAUCAAUCUUGACAAGAAGGUUGUGGUCCUCCCGGAACCGAAGCGAAUAAAGGCGAAGUAUCUCUUAAGAGAGCCUCAGCUUCAAAGGGGGUGCCAACGAGUUCGUACCAAGCUGCUCCGAGAACUGGCCGGGACAGCGCAGUAUUGGGCCGUCUCCGCUCCGGAGAUUGCACCCUAUCUACCAGUCUUUUACAGGCUCCUGCAGCAGGAAGUAGGCGAUCAUGAAUGGGUGAAACCCAGGGGGUCGGAGAGUGAGCUAGAGGCUGCCUGGGCUGAGUUCUGGGAUGCGCUCGAUUGGGUUCGCCUCCAGAUGGAAAAGCCUUGGGGAACCAGUUUCAAAACAGCUUUCGGCAAGCUCCUGCCGUUAAGGAAAGGCUCGCACUCCCUGGCAUGGCCGCUUCGGCCCGAUUCGUUGGAGGAGAUGCCACGCUAA